UAAUCUCAUUUCAAACAUAUCAACGAGUAAAAAAAGCCAUCCACAAAUGGUCAUUAAGAAAAAAACAAAUGCAACAUACAGAAGCAUCAUAGCCUACUAAUUAUAUUAGUUCAUGUAGUCCCUAACUCUUCAAACACAUUUCUUUGUUCUCAUAGCUCUGGAAAUGGCAUUCCCAAUCCUACCAAAACACAAAUUGCUUGUUUGCAUUCUUAUUUCUGUUGGCAUACUUUGCCCCUAUCCAAGCUAUGCAGAUGAGAACAACGUGGGGCAAAUGUUUGAGAAAGCCUUGAUGUGUUUCAAUAACAAGUUUAUAUAUGCUGGUUGUGAUGAAGCUUAUAGAUUGAAUGAGGGAGGGAACAUCAAUGUUCCUCCUGAAGCAUUGAACUUGUUCUGCAAUGGGCCUUGCCUGACUGAGACAGAGCUGGUGCUCAAAUGCAUUGACAGCAUGUUUUCAAACUUCAUGUUCUACAAUAAGGCAACUGUACAUGACAUAAGGGAUGGACUCCGUAGCGGCUGCAGCUACACCAGACAAAGAGGGAUAUUCAAGUUUGGAGAGUUUAUACAAGGUGAAACAAGCAGUGCACAGAGGCUGUUGAAUUCAAUCAGCUUCUUUGCAUUAUUCAUAAUAACCUGGAGUUGUUACUUCAUCUUUUAAAUUUUAAUGCCUUUCAGUCACAUGGACUUAAUAAUAUACUUUUCUUUU